CAAACCACACUUUCCUUAAUCACUUGAACUAAUUAUCUAGGCUUUGCCCAACAAAGCCACUGUACCCUUGUUUUCACUCGUUGAUUACUCUACGAUUACUCUACAAGAUGAUAUAAUACAUACAGUUAUGUGUAUAUCUUGUUUCGCAUUUCUCAAGGUGUGAAAUAUUUUACAGCAGGCAGUAGUAGCAAAGUUCCAGAGAGCAAAGUAGGCGGGUUUAGAUUUUUCACUGGAUUGGUCGUGGGCUCCUCUGGGAACGACACCCCAUGUUGAAUGGAUGCAACACCGAGAAAACGAGGCAUGCCAAAACUGUUCCUUACGAAAGAGAUGGUGGAGGAACAUAGGGCUUUAAAGCUUCUCCAUUACAAAUCUCAACGGAAUUUGGGGAUGUCUCGUGAGUGUAUAGAUUUAAUUGAGUGAUGAGUUUCACUUUUCUAUUGCUAAGUUUUCCUCACUGCUUAUCUUUAUCUAAGUUCUGAUAGCAACAAUUUAGUUAUCCUGCAUGUGAAAUUCUCGCACGCUUGAUCUAUGAUCUGGUUCCAGGGCAGGUCAGAGUGGUCUCAUUUUGUCAGCUGGUCAUCUCUCUCAAGAUUCUCCCAGUUUGGUGCUUGAUUUGGGAAAACAAGAUUAGACAUGUGGUUUCUGUCCGGUGAAUCCACUGAGAAAGCAAUAUUAGGCUCCCUACAGGCCACUCCAUGCCCAUAUAGAGAACCUCACUACAUUUUGGAUUUUAAACUGUUUCAGAAUGUCUCUUGACUACAGGCUUUGGGUUAUGAUAUUAAAAGGUUCUGUUCGGUUUAGAGCCCUUGAUGGGUUAAAGCAUCUUUUUGAAAUGGUGGUCCUUACAGCAUAAAAGUGACUUAUUUUGUAAAAGUCAUGAUUCAGUCUUUAUGUGUCACUCCAUAAAGGAAACACUUUUCACCCGAAAAUUUGGCUAGCUGUAAACUUCAAAGGACAGGGAAGUCCACAUAAAUCUCUAGAGGUGGUUAUAAAAGCAAGUAAAAAAAAUGUUAAAAAUAGGUUCUCAGUCUGACCCAGUCAAGUUCAUUUGGUGGAUUCUUGACAAGCUUCAUUAAAAAGGAGAACUGGAGGCUGUGAAAGAACUUCAUGUUAAGGCUACUUCCACCCUAGCCCCUGAAUGACACAGUUGUAAGGUGCAGUAGAAGCUAAAGACGCUUUCACAGAGAUAGCAGGGGAUGCCUUUUUUAAAUGUCUGGAUUGGAUUUACCACCACUGAAACUUUAUAAAGAUGUGAUGGAGAAAGAUAAAAUCCCACUGAUAAGGCAUUAUAAUAGAGAGAUGUCGUGGAAGUGAAAAGGAAUAUAAAGUUGAGGGGCAGUCAGAGGUGAAGAAGAUUUUGAAGGUCGGAAAAAAGAUUUUUGCGAAAAAUUUCGAAGGAAAUUAUGGUAUUUUCUCUGGCAUUUACCUCUUGUUUCUUGAUCAAGUAAAAUUCUAUUUUGAUUGUACUGAAUGUAUCAGGUAAAUUUUCUCAACUAAUAGAGUCAUCUGUCUUAAAAUGUUGUAUGACAAAUUUUGAAAGCGAAUCUUUGGAAAAAACAAAGUGAUGUGUAUAGAUAUAUGUCUUAUAGGCUGAGUGUGGCUGUUUAGAUCAAGGUGCUAAGUCUGAGUUCUGAACCGUCUGCUGUUCAGUUCUUCGCUCCACUUCAUGCUUUGUAUAUAUGUUGUUAACAACUUGCAUUUCUUUAAUGCAAAUUAUUUUGUUAAGAACUUGCACUUCUUUGAUGCAAAUUAAUUAUUGAUGAUUAUCGUAUGUUUUCCCAGUGGAGUCAUAUUUUCGCUGCUGUACUUGAAUAUGUCAUUCCAUGUGAAUAUGUUUUUCACUUCCGCAGGAGGAGUUCAGAUAAGUAAGAAAAGAUUCCUCUAUGUGCAACCAAAGACUCUGAUCUGUUCCAUUUUGGAAUAUAUUAGAUAUCAGAUAUCACUAAGUUAUAUUAAUAUGAUUGUGAAAAUUUACUUUAGCAUCUAGACAAAUUUGAGUAACAAUAUAUUAAUGUAUUUACAUGCUUUCCUUCAAAUUUUUCUAUAUUUAUAUUUUAAUUUGAUAUUUUCGGUAACCUGAUUGUGUUUCUAAUUUGUAAGGGACAAACUUCUUCCCAUAUGUUUCUGCGGUCAAAUUUGUAGUUUGAUUUUGUUUGUGUAAUGGCCUAUUUUAGUUUUUGACUUGUCUGACUACUGAAUGGAAAGCUCACAAUCGUUCUUUACAAAUAGCUCAGUGUUGUAAAAAAAGAACUUACUUAAUCUUCGUAAAUAGACACAGCAGACCGCGCCCUAAACGAAAAAAAAUUAAGCGGAAAUGCGGAAUCGUGAGUGGAUGUAAAAAGACAAAAUUGCCCAUAAUGAGAAAAUGCUACAAAAAGAACCUAAAAAGAUAAUCACGACCUUUUCCAAAAGAAAACCCUAAAUUCAUCUGCCUCACCGUCUCUCGACUCCCUCCCUCUUCUCGCCUAUAAUCUGCCUAUCCGAGGAGCAUCUGUACCGUUCUUCCUUGCAAUUCCGCACAGGUAUAUCUUUCUACUCUACCUAAUCUGCCUAUCCGAGGAGCAUCUGUACCGUUCUUCCUUGCAAUUCCGCACAGGUAUAUCUUUCUACUCUACCUUUCACGUAAGUAGAGCUAUUUACAUCUCUAGUCGUGUUUUUUUAUAAUUAUAAUGAAAGAAGUAUUACAAUUGUUGAAGUAAGUCUGUAUAUGUCUUGUGAGCUAUUUCUAUUGUGUUUCAGAUUAUGACCAUGUCGCAUACCGUUAUAUAAUUAAGGGUGGCGAUAUUUGCAUACCCUUCUUUGUACACCCUUCUUUGUGCAUUUAAUCUGCCCGUGUCGAAUCUCAUAUUGUCCACUCUAUCCUUACAUUCAAGCAUCAAUCAAUUACAUUCAUUUCUUCAUUUUUUGUGCCCUUUGGUUGCACUAUAAUUUUAUUGUAAAUUUUUAUGAUUUUUUAUAUUAUGAUGUUAUAAAAAUUUAAUUUUUAGUUUGUCUUGCAUAUAGAUAUAGAUAUAGUGACUCAAGUGUUUACAGUAUUUUUAUAGGAUAUUAAUAGGAUAUGAAUCAUAAUGUGCUAAGUUAAUUUGUUAUGUAAUUUGUUUGAAUUAUGAUGUGCUAAGUGUAAUUGAGUAUUUUCUUUUUAGCCCUCAGGGAUUAGUCAAUGUGUUGGAUCUGGUAUAACAAAAGUACAAACAUUUUUAAACAAAUCGUUAUUAAUAAAUACUCUCCUUGUCCAUUUUAUGUAAGCUAGUUGACUUUUGCACUUUUUGCACGCAAUUUAAUGCAUUUGGAAGUGAUACUUGUAAAUGGUAAUUUUUUGUAAUUAGAAUAAUCUUCUUACUAGUAACUAUUCUGAACACAUUGAAAUGCGUGCAAAAAGUAGGUCGCUCAUAUAAAAUGAGAAAGGGAGGGCAUGUCGCACAUUAAACACUGAAAAUUUGGUUGAACUUUUUUUUUGUUCAGUGAAAGAGAUAUAAAAUAUGAUAUUAGCCCACCCUGAAAAUAUAUUUGAAUAAUAAUACGGAACUAAAUUACUGAUAUGAUUUUUUCAAUCAAUAUUAAGAGUUCAAUAUGUUUUGAUUAUUAUUUAAAGUUAUUUUGCCAAAUUAAAAAUUAAACUAGUAAAAACAUAUGACAGACUAAUACAUAGAAGUGUGGGAGAACAAAUCUAAGGUUAUUUUUUGGCCAGUUACUAUAAAAGGUUGUGCGAAGCACCCUAUAAUUAAUUAUUUGAAACUGCAAACACUUUGCCUCAGUAAAAAUUGUGUUCGCUGUUAUUCAUUUUAUAGAAGCUUUGCAUGCUGCACUUUAGACUUAACUUUGAACUUUCUGUGAGUUUGUGCCUUUCGCAACGCUGAUAUAAAUAUAUUUUGUUGAGACAGAUUCUACAUUUGUCUGAACUAGUGAGGGGAUUCGAAUAUGUUGUUGCUAGAACAAUAUAUAUACAUAUUGCUACCUGUUGCAUCUGACUAUCUGAGAUAUUGGCUUUUGUGUCUCAUCCUUUAGGUCUUUCAGAAGCAGUGGGUAGUGGCUCAGUUCUGGUCUUUUACAGUCAGGAUUUGUCUGUUACCCUUUGCAUCAAACCUGCAGACUCUGAAGAGAGAUUAUAUACAAGCAAACAAAGUCUUAUAUCGGAAACAUCAUGUGGAAUCAUGCAAUAAAAUCAUAUCAUACUUCUGCUGAGAGAUCUAGAAAUCCGUUACAUUAUCACCCGUUCGUCUACAUGUCAUCUUCGUCAGGAGCCAGUUCCAAUACAGCACUUCAAGAGCGGCACCAGUUUUCUAUUCCUCUUGGUCAUAAUACUAUGAAUCACCUUUCAGUAAGUGGAGUGGGGGAUGCAUCUAACGCAUAUGGACCUCCCAAAGGAUAUAGAAAAUUUGAUUCUGGAAUUUCUAGCUCCACAAUGUCAAAUAACAUCAGUUAUUAUAAACCAGAUAUGGUAGGCUCAGUAUCGAAUAUUUCUCAGUUAAGUGGGAGAGGGUCCGUUCUUAAAAAUGACAAAGGCACCAACAGUGUGCAAGUAGUAAAGAAUCCACUUGUGCAAAACUUCGAGAACAGUAAUUAUGCUCUAUGUAUUAAUAGGGGAUACUUCUCCUCAAAAGAUCCAGUGUCUACUUUGUCGAGCAAAACUACACUCAGCACAGCAUCUCACAUUCAGCCCCAAGGAUCUAAUCUUGGAGAAUGCAGAGACAAGGGAGAGAGAAGUUCAAUGCCAUCUUCACUAUGUAGACAAGAAAAGUUUAACUACGUACAGUACCCGGAAGCAUUGAGAAAGACCUCAAGAGUUACUGAUACAAUUUCAAAACAAGAGUGUAAUCACCAGUUUGACUCCACAGUGUUGUCCAGUAAUAAAAGGCUAGAUAUCUGCUCAACUUCCACAAAAUCAUUGAUGCCGAUGUCAAGGAAGAAUUAUGGUUCUUUUCCGAUGCUGAACAAUUAUCAGCCAGCUUUUGGUCCGCUGGAAGAAGUUCAACUUUCUGGUGCAAAUUCUUCACACAUAGACAAGGACACGGUCUCUUUAAAGUUAUCUUCUACUGAUGCAUUUGCUUCAGCUGGAAAAGGAAAUCGACGCAAACGUGUUAUGCCCGAAAUACCUGAUUUAAACAUAGCUCUUGCUGACCUUCCGGAUUCCGAAGACGUGAUGGAAAAUUCAGACCCAAGCAUUAACAGAACCAAGUGUUCAGAAAAGACUUCAGUCCAUGCGGUGCAACCUGGUAGCACAAGCAGAGGAAAAAAGCGUUGCAAGACGAGUUCUUCUGGCUCAAUAUUAAAGUCUCCUUCUGCACAGGGAAUGGAGGAAUCUGAGGAUGCUUCUGGCUUAAUCUCCUUCGGAACAAAAGGCUUAAACUUGGGUGACAGCCAUCCACGUGAAAUACUUAACAGGUCUUUCAGAAAAUUUAGGGAAGGUGGAUUGAACAAGUCAGGACUGACAUUUUCUGGUAAAGAAGUGAUUAUGCUAGAUUCAGAUGAUGGUCCAGCCUCAGUAACGAUCAGCAGAUCCUCCUCAAAAGAACUGAUUAAGGUAGAGAAGAACAUUGCUUCAGACAAGAAUUCCAAGUCUCAAUCUGCACAGGGAAUGGAGAAAACUGAGGAUGCUUGUGGCUCAAAUUUAUUUGGGACUAAGAGCAUAAACCUGGGUGAGAGCAAUCCGCAUGAGAUAGCGAGCAGGUCAUUUAGAAAGCUUGGGGAAGGUGGACUGAACAAGUCAGAACUGACAUAUGCUGGUAAAGAGAUUAUUGUGCUAGACUCGGACGAUGAUGCUGAUGAUGGUCCAGCCUCAGUAACGUUCACUAGGUCCUCCUCAAAAGAACUGAUGGAGGUAGAGAAGAACAUAGCCUCAGAUAAGACUGACAAGUCUCCUUCUGCACAGAGAACGGCUAAAACUGAAGAAGUAACUUGUCUUUGGCCUCAGAAUUGGCCUCUGUAUACAUCUACAGUUCGAUUGACUGGACAGGAAAACCCUGAACCAUCUGUAGUGCAUAAUCCACACAUUUCUCAUGUUGCUUCCGGGAGCAGCAGGGAAAGGGAAGUUCCACGCGCUGUUGCUACGGAUGUGAUCAAGAGUGUUUCUAAUAAAAAACAAAUCGAGAUUCAGAACAAGGUCCAGAAUAAUAUGCUGUGAAAGAUUGUAUUAGGUAACAUGUCAUGGAGUAGGCCAAGUUCAGGUAAGGAAGUGGAAUUACAAAGAAAGAGAUGAUAAUAUCUUAGCAAUAAUUAAGCUUUUCUCGUUUUAUCAGUUUUAUUUGAACAUGUUUAGUUUUGUUGGAUUCAUAAGUAAUCCUUGUUAAACCAAGUCUGUUUUGAUGUAAAAUGCUCUGAAGAAUUUUGUGGUAUGAAAGCACAAUUGUUUGUGACA